AAUUGCAUUGGCCCAUACCACUGAACCUAUCCCCAUCUUACCCCACUCGAUUCUAUGACAUCUUUAGUCCACCUGCAGUCUUCACCCUCAGGCUCCCUCCACUCUACAUAAUUCACUGUCGCGACGGCUCAGUUAAACUUCCAUGCAAUCCUUCCGCGCUCUGAAAAGAUUUAACAGAAUAGCCUUUCCACAACUCUCCAUCUCCAACGCAGGUACGUUAACCAACUACCCCGCAACACAAACAUCAAUCAAUGGUGGGGCGAGCUUGCUGACUUGGGUUUGGUAGCUACAGUUACAGCUACAGCUUUUAGGAAAUACGCAACCAUGACUACCAAUCUAAAGACCUACAAGUUCAAUCACUCCAUGUACGAUUCUGUGAUCUAGAGCCACAAGAAUGCGCUAAUCAUGGAUAUAGGAUUCGAGUGAAAGACCCAAAAGAAUCAGGUAAGCUACAAAUAUAGCUAUGACAAAUCAUCAUAUGUCUAAUAACUUAAUCCAGUCAAGUUCUAUGAGCAUCUUGGCAUGAAAGUAAUCCAGAAUAUCAAAAUUCCCGAGGCUAAGUUCGACCUGUACUUCCUUGGCUAUGAUUCCCCUGGCGCCCUAUCCCAUAAUAACCACUUCACCGACCGCGAAGGUUUGAUCGAGUUGACACACAACUAUGGUACUGAGGAUGAUCCCAACUACAAGGUGGCAACAGGAAAUUCCGAUCCAGGAAAGGGAUUUGGACAUACAUGUAUCAGUGUCGACAACAUUCAAGCCGCUUGUCAAAGAAUUGAAGAUGCGGGCUACAAAUUCCAGAAGAAAUUGACUGAUGGACGUAUGCGAAGCAUUGCGUUUGUUUUGGAUCCGGAUGGAUAUUGGGUUGAAAUCAUUGGUCAACAACCUGUUGAAAAGACCGAGGGUAUUACCACGACUGAUCUGCAGACGUAUAGAAUGGUUGGUAUCUUCAAAUUUGAUAUUCCAUCCGCUAACGAUUCACAGAACCACACUAUGAUUCGAGUCAAGGAUCAUGAAAAGUCUUUGAAGUUUUACAAGGAAGUUAUGGGUAUGGAGCUUUUCCGAACCAGUGAAAAUAAGAGUGCCAACUUCAAUCUUUACUUUUUGGGAUACGCUGGCAAGCAAGGUUCUUCAAAGUCUUCCACGGAAGGAAAUACCAUUACUUCGGAUCGUGAGGGAUUAUUGGAGUUGACCUGGAACUAUGGCACGGAGAAAGAUGCUGAUUUCAAGUACCAUAAUGGAAACGAUGAGCCGCAAGGGUUUGGUCACAUCUGUAUGUAUAUCUCAUCCUUCGUUUCAUCGUAAAGCUAAUUGCAAUAGGUGUAUCUGUUGACGAUCUGGAUGCUGCUUGCCAAAGAUUCGAGGAUUUGGGUGUGAACUGGAAGAAGAGACUCACUGAUGGUCGCAUGAGAAACGUCGCAUUCGUGCUUGACCCGGACAAUUACUGUAAGUCAAUAACACCAGAUGAACAAGCUCGAGCUUAUUCGAGCCUGCUCUUCUUUCUCUAUUCUUUCUCCUGAAAUCUGUAACAACAACAAAGGUACAUAGCUAACACGAAUACUUCGCAGGGAUUGAAGUUAUCCAAAAUGACAGUCUUGCCAAAUCGGAUAGCAAAUAUCGCAUGUAGAACAAAAUCUUCAUCUUGCAUGAAGUACGUGUCAAAUGAGCAUAAAGAAAGAAACCCCCCAUUUUCUCUUACCGAGUAUCCAUGCCGUGUUA